AUGACUCGCAUCGCCAUCACCCCCGCCCUCCUCCUCACCGCCGCCUCCCUCGCAGCCAGCAGCGCAGACGCCUCUGUCCUGCCCCGCGACCUCAUCGGGAGCAUCCUGUCCGGCGUCCUCUCCACAUCGCAGCAGAUCCUCACCUCGGGCCUGCAGCUGGGCUCUUCCUCCUCGUCAACCUCGUGCGCCUCGGGCAACACCGUCGCUCUCACCGGCUCCGGCUCGCACAACGUCGCCGGCAGCGUCUCGAAUGCGGGGACCAUCUUCUUCGGUCAGCAGGGAAGCGCCUCUGGCUCCAUGAGCUCCACAUGGUCCGACGGUAGCUUGACCAACAACGCCGGAGCCACAUUCCAGCUCAACGAUUUCAACGGCACGGCCGGCUCGUCUUACAGCUGGACUCUCGGGUCCUUCGCCAAUUCUGGUCUGAUCCAGUGGUGCUCGACAGGCUCGGGCUCCUACGCUCUCAAGUGCUCCUCGGGGUCGUGCACCAACAACGGCAACAUCGUCUUUGAGCAGGGCUCCUCGUGCGGCUGGGCCAACACGCAGCAGGCCUCGGGCCUCUCACAGAGCAUCACUCACAACGGCUGCAUGAUGCUGCGCAAUAGUGCUUUCACUGCUAGCCAGAACUACCUCGGUUCAGGGUGCUGGAGCAUCGAUGCUGGCUCUUCCCUCUGGUUCAACGCCGGCACAGGAUCGAAGAACAUCGCCUCGGGAGCCAAGUGUCUCAACGGCCACUCGAUCAACUUCCCCGCGGGUAGCAGCGGCGGUACGCUCCGACUGGACUCGGACGUCUACUCCAACUUUGGGGCAACCAUUUACGGUUUCGGCACCAAGUCCACGCUCCAGUUUCCCGACACCAUCAACGGCGUUUCCUAUUCCGGGUCGACGCUGACCGUCAACUUUGGUAGCAUCAUCUUCACCACGGCGACGAUGAAGCUCAAUGUGGGGGCAGGGUACAGCGGCUCGUGGAAGUACAACAACCCAAUCUCCGGUUACUCGACCGUCACGUACAGCGGGACCGUGCCUGCUAACUCGGCGCCGGGUACCUGCUCACCCAGUGUCUCCGCUUGCGGCGCUUCUGGACCUAGUGUACCCGUUGUCAGCUCGACCUCGACUUCGAGCUCCAGCACUGCCACUGCUACCUCGACGACUACCUCGAGCACGACGACCUCCAGCUCUACCGCGACCACCUCGAGCGCCACGACGAGCUCUACCAGCUCGAGCUCGACUACCUCGUCGUCCACCGCCACCUCAUCCUCUUCUAGCACCACCACCAGCUCAUCCUCCACCUCGACGAGCAGCACCACCAGCAGCUCCGCGUCCUCCACGCCCACGAUCAAUGGCUCCACCUUCGACUACGGAGGUGUCUCCUUCCCCGGCUGCUUCUACGACGCCGCUGGCUCAGGUGGUGCUCGCACCUUCUCUGGCGCUUCUACCUCCUCACCCUCUAUGACCAACGAGUACUGUGCCAACUUCUGCGGCAGCAAGUCCUACAAGUACUCUGCCACCGAAUACGGCCAGGAAUGCUUCUGCUCCAACACCGCCCCAACCAAGACGGAGGGCGCCACCUGCGGGAUGACCUGUGCGGGCAAUGCGCAGGAGACGUGCGGGGGUAGCUGGUCAAUGACCGUCUUCAACAAUGGUGCAUUCCCGGACACGGGGAGCAAGCUCUCCUCCAACUAUGCGACCUACGGUAGCACGGGUGGAUGUUACGCGGACACUGUCUCUUCUCGCACCUUUUCGGCUUACUCCUUCACCAGCCCCAACAUGACUGUGGAGCUCUGUGCCUCCACCUGCUCGGGCAAGGGCCACGCAUUCAGUGGAACCGAGUAUGCCACCGAGUGCUACUGCUCCGACACGAUUCCUGGGGCGACGAGCACCGCGUGCAAUAUGCAGUGUGGUGGAGCUCAAUAUGAGACGUGUGGCGGACCGGGUGCGUUGAGCGUUGUGGUGGACAACAAUAUUGCGCACAGCGAUAGUCCGACGUGCGCUAACUUGCCCAGUGGGUGGGCCGUUUGCCAGGAGGGGCAGAAGGUUUCCGGUGGGAAGUGUGUCAGCGCGUGA